AUGGCGCAAACGUUCUACGUUGGGCAAGAGGAGCUGAAGAAGUUUUGUGAGAUUGGGUUGAUGUUAAUCAUCAUCUUGGGUCGGUGGAUGCUUCCUCGUGGUGCAAUAACACGCGACCAGCUGUCGAUCCUUCUUCUUGAAUACGUGGCCAUUGCAGCUGAUAUUUUAGAGUUGUUCGAGGCUUUUGAAGAUGAUCAGGUAGCCCGCAAUAAGGAUAUAACAUUGGCUACCCUGGGAGUGUUUUCAUGGAGUCUUUUUCAAUUCACUUUGGUGACUACGUCAAUGGGGAUGAACAUUGAAGAUCAAGAAGAAGAAAAUCUACCACAAAAUGGAAACUAUUUAUGGGUUGAAGAUGGUUUGAACAGAAGAUAUCUCCGAAAAGCUUCUGAGGCUAGGAAACACGAAAGAAAAAAACAACGUAGACAAUUGUAUCAAUUGUACAAUGAAGACGAAGAAAUGAGAAAACUUGAACUCCAAGGAGACCGAUAUGGUAUCAUAGCGGCCAUGUUUAUGCAAGAUGGCCCUUUCCUAAUCCUUCGACUUUAUCUUGUCUUCAAAUACGACUUCCUAAUAGACUCCAAAUUUUUGUUUUACAUCGGCAAGAAUUUAAUUUCCCUUGUUUUGAUGAUAUAUCGUCUUUACGUAAUUCACUUUCAUAGUAAAGAGGAGGAAUUCGCCUUGCCAACAAAACGAUCAUUUCGAAACCUUUCCUCUAUGCUGAUAGGAGCUCAGAGGUUCAAGUCAAGAAAAUCAAACCCAAGGAAACAAAGCCAGCCAAGCAAGUAA